GUAACACAGGGGAUGACAAAGGGCCAGAUGAGGAACUGGAAAUGUGAGCACUCACUGGGCCGAGAGGGGGCACUGCCAUCUGCACAGAAUGGGGGGCAGGAGUUUGGGGCUUGGGGCAGGGGGAGCACAGCAGAACCCAGCAGGUCACUGAUCUCUGGAUUCCCACAGGCAGGCUGAUGACUGGGGACUUCCUGUUUGAGAGGAUGGGAAAGGAUGGGGUCCCAGGAUAGACACACAGGGUCAGUAAGGGGGAGGGGAGGAUGCCUGGACAGGCAGGGGACUACAGAGCAGCCAGGCCCACACAAGGGUGGGCGGGAGGGCAGUGUGGCUGGGAAGACCAGGCUUCUCACUCUUCCACCCCCAGGCCUUCCCCCAGCCCUGGGAUGGGCCGGGCUAGGCGCCAUGCCUGGGAGCCCGAUGAUGUGACCAGCGUCAUACAUGGCACCCAGCUUUCAUCCAUCCCGGAGGGCCAAGCCCUCCACCGCUUGGUCCAGGAGGAGCACCUGGGGCCCACUGUGGCAGAGCUGGAAGGUAUGGGACUGCAGCCAGGGGAACAUCUAGGGUGGGUUUCCUGGACUGGGGUUGCCUUCAAGGCAGUGAGGGCUUUUCUGUCAUUGUAAGGUGUGGGAAAUCAGCCCCGGGGUGACCCUUUCUCUGUGUCCUGCCUGCUCCAGAACCACGACAGAUACAGCUGGUUCCAGAUACGCAGGGAGGGCCCGCUUCAUGGCUAGAGCCAGUUCAGGAGCUCCCUGAGACCCCUGUGCUGGAGCUACGGCCAGUGUCACCUGCCUCAGCCCCUGCAGAGCCGGAGGAUGUCCCAGCAGUGGCCUCAGCUCUGGUGCCAGGCCCUGAGCUGGAGCCCCAUGAGCCCUCGGACAUGGGGCCCAGGGCACCUGCUGGAAUGGCACUGGGCCAGGCAAAGGCAGAGCCAGCUCCAGAGCGCACCAGCCCCUGUGCUGUGAGCACGCGGGUCAUGCCGAGGAAGGAGGAGCCCACCAUCCUGGCAUUCCCCCACCGCCUGGUGGCCGAGCAGCUGACCCUGAUGUAUGCGGAGCAGCUCACCAAGGGGGCAGUGACCCACUGCAUGACCUACUUCGGGUGCCAGUCAUACAACGGAAACAUUCUGCACCUGGUCCCCACCGUCUAUAGGAUCUUCAGAAAAUUUGAUGACGUGGCUAACUUCGUCAUCUCCUCCUGCCUCGGGGCCCCAAGCAUGACGGCCCAGGACAGGGCCCAAGUGGUGGAGUUCUGGAUCCGGGUGGCCAAGGAGUGUCUGGACCUCAAGACUUUUGCAUCCCUCCACGCCAUUCUCUUCGCCCUGCAGAGCCCUGCUGUGGAUCGGCUGAAAUGCACCUGGGGACAUGUUUCCUGGAAGAGCUCCAGGAUGCAUAAGAGGCUGAUAGAGGAGAAGUGGCUUAACAGGAAGUGGCUCCUCAAGGUAAAUGGAGGCUAGAGGUCUGAACGGAGGGGAUCCUUGGGGCAAGUCCUCUGCUGUGCCGUGGCCAAGCCUUGGGGCUGACUCGAGCUGUGCAUGGUGAGAGGAGGCAGCUGAUGGGAGAAGUAGGCUCCCCCUGGCCCCCAAGGUGUCCUUUUUGUCUCCCUCUCUGGCUCCAUUUGACUGGGGACCUGACAUCCAGUGAG